CUUCUGAGCUUCCAUUUUAUCCAAUAACCUCUCUCCUUCAAUGUCAAUCUUGGCGGACUUUGUCACUAAUCUCCGGCUAUCGAUUUUGGUUUAAAUUAUUAUCCCGAAUCCUUAGAAAUACUGAGUUGUCGGAAUAGAGGGGUUAGGGAUGGAAUUGAGGACUUUAGCAAUUGGGGUUGGAAACAAAUAAAAACCCAUAGACUAAGACAUUGCUUUCUCUAGUUUCCCUAUGAUGAGUCUAUAGUACGUCAGAGUCAUCUUAUCAGCCUUAUAAGAAUUGGCUUAACCCGCCAUAUAUAUUUCUCCCGGUCCUUAUAGGAGUUAGUGAUUCUACCCCCGGAUAUAAUAACACCUGCAUACAAUAUGCCUUCGAACAACAGCGUCAAGGCGGGACUGUCGCUAAUCGAGAACGACAAGUCCAAGAUUCUGGGCUUGGCGGUCGGUAAACAUGCCGACGUCCAACCCGGACAGUACAUCGCAAAAGCUGAUGCACAAUCUGCACCAGAGCUGAGCUUUGCGGAUCUGUCGCCCGAGAAAACCUACCUAGUAGUGGGAUUAGACCUAGACGCUCCGUUCCCGUCCUUCGGCGUGCUUGGCCCGAUCCUGCACUGGAUCCAGCCCGGCUUCAAGGCAGAACCUAAGGAGGGCGGCGGAUUCAGUCUCAAGUCCACAGAACCGUUCGUAGCUAAUUACAUCGGCCCUGCGCCUCCCGGAAUCAGUUCACCACAUCGGUACAGUUUCUUUCUGUACGAGCAGCCCGAGGGCCUCGAUGGGAAGAAGUACGCGCCGCCCGGUGGUAAGGAAAUGGGCGUCAAGGGACGUAUGCGGUAUGACUUGGACGCAUGGGGAAAAGAGAUCAAGUUAGGACCGUUGUUGGCUUUUAAUUACUUUAAUAGUAAUUAGAAUUUUGGAGUCUGCUAUGGUCAGGAGUUCGAGGGUGGAUAUUGACAUCGUAUGUGGGUUUUACCUACCUGGAAAGUUGGCCCCUGUCGAUGAAUCACGGGGCAUUCAAAGAUACCAUCGUGUUCUUAGGUUAGAAUAAUGCUGUUUUUUUACAUACCCACAUGUUGUUCACGAUAUUGACUUGGCGGU